AAUCCCUUCCCAUAAUGCAUGUAGUGACGUGUAUCGUCGUUCAGCCAUUUCUUAACGUCUACCAAUAAACUAACACUCUUUAUUAGGAUUAUUAGCUUUAACUAAGUAGAUUUUUAUAGUGUUGCAACAAAAAAUGAUACUUCUUACUAUAUUGGUUGCUGCCAAUCUUUGGCAUGGAUUAAAUGCCUUUUACUUACCUGGUCUCGCUUCAGUAACCUACUGUGCGGAUUCUAAAAACAACAAAAACUGCGAGACAAAUAUUAUGGUGUACGUAAACAGACUGAACACAGUAGAAAACAUUGUACCAUAUGAAUAUCAUGACUUUGACUUCUGUGUGCCAGAAUCAGAUGUGGCAUCUUCACCAACAGAAAAUCUUGGACAAGUAGUUUUUGGAGAGAGAAUCAGACCCUCCAUGUAUAGUAUGAAUUUUACAGAAAAUUUGGAAUGUAAAAAAGUUUGUGAUAAAAGUUACAGCUCUGGGAACAAAGAUCAAAUGGAAAAACUAACCUUUUUGAAACGUGGAAUUAGUCUGAACUAUCAGCAUCAUUGGAUUUUGGAUAACAUGCCAAUAACUUGGUGCUACAAAGUUGAAUCAGGUGAUGAAUACUGCUCUACAGGUUUCCCUGUUGGUUGCUAUGUAACAAAAUUUGGAAAGAGAAAAGAUACCUGUAUUACAUCAGCUCUUUUCAAAGAUCCUGACACUUAUUAUCUAUACAACCAUGUUGAUAUAACAGUGGAAUAUCAUCCCUUGUCUAAUGAGGAUUGGGGACAACAGCACACUGGUCAGGGCGGCCGCAUUGUCAGAGCUAAACUAACGCCUAGGAGCAUUAACCACCAGAAAGAAGGAAAGGAUGCAUGUGAUGAGGAUGCAGGCGUACUUGGCAUUCCUGGGGGUAAACUGGAGAAACCUCUAAAUAUCAAAUAUACAUACUCAGUUUCCUGGAAGGAAAAUACUGGCAUCAAAUGGACUUCUAGGUGGGACUACAUUUUGGAUUCAAUGCCUCAUACAAAUAUCCAGUGGUUCAGCAUCAUGAACUCUCUUGUUAUUGUGGUUUUUCUUUCUGGCAUGGUGGCCAUGAUUAUGCUAAGAACCCUACACAAAGAUAUUGCUCGCUACAAUCAGAUGGAUAGCUUGGAGGAUGCACAAGAAGAAUUUGGCUGGAAGCUGGUACAUGGUGAUGUAUUUAGACCACCUAGAAAGGGCAUGUUCCUGACAGUUCUGGUGGGCAAUGGAGCUCAGUUGUUUUGUAUGACCCUCAUCACGCUAGUUUUUGCCUGCUUGGGAUUUUUGUCACCAGCUAACAGAGGAGCUUUAAUGACUUGCGCAUUGGUGCUGUAUGUCUGUUUGGGAACACCUGCAGGUUAUGUAUCAGCCAGAAUGUACAAGACAUUUGGUGGAGAGAAGUGGAAAUCAAAUGUCAUUCUCACUGCCUUUUUCUGUCCUGGCCUAGUGUUUGGGGUAUUCUUUUUACUGAACCUUGUUUUGUGGGCUAAAGGAAGCUCAGCUGCCAUCCCUUUCACUACAUUAAUAGCACUGUUGGCCUUAUGGUUUGGUAUUUCUGUGCCCCUCACAUUUGUUGGAGCCUAUUUUGGGUUUAGAAAGAGACCCAUUGAACACCCUACAAGGACCAAUCAAAUUCCUCGUCAAAUUCCUGACCAAUCACUAUAUACAAGACCCCUGCCAGGCAUCAUUAUGGGAGGAGUACUGCCUUUUGGAUGCAUUUUUAUCCAGCUCUUCUUCAUUCUAAACAGCAUCUGGUCUCAUCAAACAUAUUACAUGUUUGGCUUUUUAUUUUUGGUGUUUAUAAUCCUCAUCAUCACAUGCAGCGAGGCCACUAUCCUGCUUUGUUACUUCCACUUAUGUGCUGAGGACUAUCAUUGGUGGUGGAGAUCUUUCCUAACAAGUGGUUUCACAGCCAUCUACUUCUUCUUCUACUGCAUCCACUUCUUCUUUACCAAGCUGGAGAUGAGUGGCUUCACUAAUACUUUUCUAUAUUUUGGAUACACUGCUAUCAUUGUGUUUUUGUUUUUUAUAACCACAGGUUCCAUUGGCUUCUUUGCAUGUUUCUGGUUUGUAUCAAAGAUCUACAGUGUGGUCAAGGUUGAUUAAAAAACUUCAUCUUUUGUGAUGUUACUGAGAAGUUCAAUUAAAUAAUUAUUUCAGGAUGAAAAUUUAACACAAUUAGCACAAGAAAUGCUGCAAUAUCUUGACACCUAUAUAUUGCAGAGGUAGUGAAGCUAGUGAUCAAUGAAUUAUUUCAUAUAAAAAUAAAUUAGUACCGCUUUUUAGGUUUGUAUUUGAAUGAAAUAUUUGUAAUUCACACUUUUCAAUCAUAAUUUUAUGCUUAGGUUUGUUUAUACAAAAACCAGGUCUAGAGAUGGGAUACUUUUCUAUGCAAAAAUUAUAAGGUAAUGCAUGUAAAUAGUCUGAGUUCAUUGUAGAGAUUUUUUUCUAUUUGUUCUAUGUUCUUAGACAGGCUGAAAAAGUAUUUGCUGAACAAACAUUUGCUAUAAAAAAAAUUUCCUAACUAAAUUAUUUAUAAGCUAUUCAAUUAGCUCAAUGUUCUCAAGAGUUAUAUAUUACUGGUUUAUUUUGAGUUAAAUAUUAUUUUAAAAAGUGUGACAUCUGUGCCACAAUAUUUUAAUAUUAUUUAACUCCUUGUGGGAUAGUUUUUUCCUUAACCUUUGUAAAUACUCCCAAAUGGUUGUACACAUUAUAUAUUAAGGGAAAUUCCAUUUUCUAUGUUGAAUAUUUGACCAUGUAUGUAUUUUAUUGCCAUAAUAUUCUGUUUUUAUCAAAUGUUCAUGCAUAAACAUCAUGCAAGGAGGAGGGUUCAUCAUGACCGUUUUAUUUAUAGUACAAUUGAUUCUUUAUAUUUGGUGAAUGACUGAAAUCAUUUAGAACAAUCUGUUUGGGGUACACAUUUUCCUCCACAUAUCUGAUGCUUGAUGUGUUCGCUUGUGAUAUCUUUUGUGAUGUGUGUUUAAAAUACAAAAUUUUCAUUCAUAGUUUGGUACAGAUUUAUUUUCCAAUUGUUCCUAUUGCAGUGUCAUAUUUUUAUACAUUCAUAACUUAUUGAAUUGUCUAUGUCAGAGAAUAUGUUAAGAGUGAACGUAAAGUGUUUUAUACUAUUGAAUUUGGGAAGUAUUAAACUUGGUUCAACUUAUGAUUUCUUUUACCAAAUGAGGGACUAGGGAGGAAUGUAUUUUUGCAGUGAUAGAUAAGAUUUUGGCUUGACAUAAAAAUGUAUUUGUUCAUUACCCACUCAUGUUGAAUUAAAAACAUUUCAUCAUGAUGAGAUAAUGCAAUGAUUGCUCAAUUAUUUUCCUGUACUCAUUUGGUAAAACGAUGAGUACUAUAAAUGAAAUAGCCAACUAUGUUUCUUUAGUGCUUACUACUAAAUAUUUUCUUGCUUUGUAUAUCAGAAAUAUUUAUGCUGCUUUGUAGGCUUAUUUUACUCUUUCCCAAAUCUAAUGUCACAAUAAAACCAGUUAACUGUAUUAAAUGUAACUGAUGAAAAAAGUUUUAACACCACAAGGUUUCUUUGAUGCAUAUAAUUCAAACAACUUUAAUUGGACAUUGAAUCUUAAACAGUGUUCUGUCAACUAAUUAUAUACUCUCCUGGCUGUUGUCAAUAUCUUACAUACAUUUGUUUCAUUACCUGUUCAUUUUUAUAUUCAAAUUAACUUUAUGUUCACUCUUCUGUAAAGAUAGUACAAGAAAAUGUCUGAAACGGUUCUGGAAAUCUGUGGGCUUCAUUUGUGUUUAAGUUAACAAAGGCCUUACAGUUACGUAACAAUUUGACAGCUUUUGUCAUUUCACUUUAUAACAGUACACUGAUGCUGAGAAAUUUCUGUUGUUGAAAUGUAUUCAAAAGAUGUCUAGCCAUCUAGUUCUACAGUAACAGAGACAUGUGGUUAGCACUGAUGUGCAUCUACAGUUUGCACUAAGAUUUGUGUGGCUUUUUUCUUCUAAUGUGAGUGAAUGAGGGAUAUCAAUAAAUUAUCAAUUUUAUAA